GUUGGGCAGUGAGUUUCUGAAGUUGCUGUUGUUCCUCUCUCUCUCUUUGAAUGAACUUCACCCCAGACUGCAACUCUGCCCAACAUCUACUAUCUGAAGAGGGAAGUUUCAAAAUCAACAACUUAUGCUUGACUCUCCUGCUCCUUGGAUGCUGCCUUACCUGCUGUGUUUUUCCAGCACGACACUUUUCGACUCUGAUCUCCAGCAUCUGCGGUCGUCAUUUUCACAUCAAUUUCUGACAGUCACUCAAUCCAUCGGGACAGCAACGAUUUUUGACUAUGAUUCUGUGAGAAGGAGCAAUGCUUUUUGGUUCCUGUUUCAUAACAUUUCCUGCAUCAGUGGGACUGGAUGAGAGACCCUACUGUUGCAGUGCACCGAGUGUGGAGCCAGAAACAGUUAUACGGCCUGGAAAGAGGAAUUCACACUGGGGAGGGGCUGCACACAUGUUUGUGUGUGGCUGAAGCUUCAGCCAUGGAGAAACCCGAGGAAUCCUGCCCCAUGGAGAAACCGUGGAAGUGUGGUGACUGUGGGAAAUGCUUCAGUUUCCUGUCUGCCCUGGAGACUCAUCGGCGCAGCCACACCGGGGAGAGGCCGUUCUCCUGCCCCGAGUGCGGGAAGGGUUUUACCCGCUCCUCCAACCUGAUGGCCCAUUGUGGGUCCACACAGCGAGGAGUCCGUUCUCCUGCCCCGAGUGUGAGAAGAGCUUUGCCCAGGCCUCUACCCUCAUGGCCCACCGGCGGGUCCACACUGCGGUGAGAUCCUUCCCCUGCCCUCAGUGCGGGAAGGCCUUCAGCAAAUCCUCCAACCUGCUGACCCACCGGUGGCUCCGCACUGGGGAGAGGCCCUUCAGCUGCCCUGAGUGUGGGAAGGCCUUCAGCAAUUCACCCGCCCUGCUGAGGCACCAGUGGAUCCACACCGGGGAGAGGCCAUUCUCCUGCCCUGAGUGUGGGAAGAACUUUACCCGCUCCUCCCACCUGCUGACCCACCGGCGGGUCCACACGGGGGAGAGGCCCUUCAGCUGCCCUGAGUGUGGGAAGUCCUUCGAUAAUUCCUCUGCCCUGCUGAGGCACCAGCACGUCCACACGGGGGAGAGGCUGUUCCCCUGCCCUGAGUGUGAGAAGGGCUUUAAACGCUCCUCUGACGUGCUGGACCACCAGCGGGUCCACACGGGGGAGAGACCGUUCAGCUGCCCUGAGUGCGGGAAGGGCUUUACUCAGGACUCCAACCUGCUGAGGCACCAGCAGGUCCACACUGGGGAGAGGCCACUUGCCUGCCCCAAGUGCAGGCGGAGGUUCAUGUCGUCCAGUAACUUGCAGAGACACCAAAGGGGGCACCAGCAGAUUCCGUCGUGACGCUGAUGUGGGUCACCCCCAGGACUGACCCUCCUGCCCGUUCUGACAGUGGGUGCAGUGAGAACGUCAGAGAGCUCUCUGUUUUCUGCUAGACAGCACCCACACACCCCUCCCAUCUUCCCCCAACCCCAGGUUGGCUCACGGGCGGCACAGUAGCUCAGUGAUUAGUGCCACUGCAUCAUAUCGCCAGGGACCGGGGUUCGAUUCCACCCUCAGGGUGACUGUCUUUGUGGAGUUUGCGCAUUCUCCCCCCAUGCCUGCAAGGGUUUCCUCUGGGUGCUCCCAUAAUCCAAACAUGAGCAAGUGAAUUAGCCAAGCUAAGUUGUCCCAGAGUGUUCAGGGAUGUGUAGGUGCAGUGUAUUGUUUAGGGGGUAAUGUAGAUUA